AUGCAAAUCGCACGCCUUCUCUCGACGAUAGUUGUCGGUCUCACUAUUGCUCAAGCCACCCCGAUCCAAGACAAGACUUCAGCCUCAAUCCCCGAGGUGAAAGAGCGGAAAGAGUCACGGAGCAAAUCGCCCAAGUACUUUCAGGAAUCAGACUUCUCGAUACACUACGACGCGCGCUUCGCCACAAAACAACUGAACGAGACAGCCCAACGCGAGGCCGUCAGGGUCCUGGUCCAGACCUACCUCUCCACCCUGCGCGACCUCGGCGUGCAGACGUGGCUCAUGCACGGUUCCCUACUGGGCUGGUGGUGGAAUAAGCAGACCCUCCCCUGGGACUCGGACGCCGACGUCCAGGUCACCGAGAACGGCAUCAACUUCCUCGCCGCCUACUACAACAUGACCACCUGGUACCACAAGUACCCGUCCGUCCCCAACGGCCGUGUCUUCCAGCUUGAGGUGAACCCAAACUACGUCUACCGCGGUCAGGACAGCUUUGACGAGGACAACGUCAUCGACGCCCGCUGGAUUGACAUGGACAACGGCCUCUUUAUCGACAUCACUGCCGUCUCUUACGUCGAGGAUCACCCCGAGGGCAAGGGCGUGUUGGCGACCAAGAACGGCCACGAGUUCCGUGAUACGUAUCUGUAUCCCUUGCUCGAUACCACCUUCGAGGGUGUUAAGGCCAAGAUUCCCUACAAGUACAAGGAUAUGCUCAUUUCCGAGUAUGGAGAGAAGGCGUUGACAAAUCAGGAGUUUAUGAACCAUAAAUUUGUCGACAGCAAAAUGGAAUGGGUUCCUACUGAUGAACUCUGA